AUGACUGUCUCUUACAAUAUUGAUAUCAUUAAAACAACAGCAUUUAGCGGUUUUUUAAAACUACAGUUUCGAUGGCGUGGUAGCAUCUGGAAACAGGUUAUCCGAGAGCUGAUACUGUUUACGGCAGCUUUUGCUGCAAUCACUGUUGUCUAUCGAACACCAAAUUUACUUUCCGAGAAUACCAGGAACAUAUGGGAUAAUUAUGCAGCACUUUUUGACCAACGAAUGGAUUAUAUUCCACUAACAUUUAUGCUUGGUUUUUUUGUAACAGUUAUUGUUGGACGAUGGAAUGAUAUUUUUAACAAUAUCGGUUGGAUUGAUAAUCCAGCACUAUAUGUUGCAACAUAUGUUCGAGAAGCUAAUAUGGAGAAAAGUCGUAUUUUACGACGAAAUAUUGUACGUUAUAUGGUGCUAACGCAAACACUAAUUUUUCGAGAUAUUAGUAUACAGGUUCGAAAACGAUUUCCAACUAUGGAAACAUUAGUGGCUACAGGUAACUCUUUCAAAAAAAGAAAAAAAUUAAAAUCAAUUAAAUAUAAAUAUUGGGUUCCCAUUCUUUGGUGUUAUUCGCUCUUGUACGAGGCUCGUAUGAGUGGCAAAAUUAUGAGUGAUGUAAUGCUGAAUAAUAUUAUUGAGCAAAUAAGACAGUUUCGUUCGGGUCUUGGACGACUUUGCAAUUAUGACUGGGUUCCUAUACCGCUUGUCUAUCCACAAGUUGUUUUCCUAGCUGUACGAUCUUAUUUUAUGCUAUGCCUAGUUGCUCGACAGUCUGUCCUAAUUGGUGGUGGUUCACCGGCAGCCGAAAGUCCUGCAUAUCCUGUAGUACCAUUCAUAAUGACAGCUCUGCAGUAUAUCUUCUAUGUUGGGUGGAUGAAAGUUGCUGAGAGUUUGAUGAACCCGUUGGGCGAGGAUGAUGACGAUUUUGAGUGUAACUAUUUAAUUGACAGAAAUCUUGCGGUAAAUUUUUCAAAUAAGUUUAACUCUAUAAAAUUUGCUAAAAUCCUAUCAUGCAGCAUUUUGCUUAAAUUUAGAUUACCGCCAAGUGUUGACGAAAUUGUAAUGAUGCCACAUGUGGAUCAACAGCAUAGCAAUGAUGCCGAGUCAUGUGUUGAGGAAGCAGUUAUUGAUGAUAAGGCUAAGCUGGUACCAAUAUCUCGUGGCGCAAGUUUAACGGGUAGCAAAAAUGCCGGUCAUGGAGGGUCAAUUCAUCGACCAAGUAUCAUACAGAAAGUAAAACGACAAUUUUCAAGGUAG